GGGUCCGCGGCGCAGGCAGUCGGAGCGCGCGGCUGCAGCGGCUGAGCAGGAGCCGGGAGCUGGAGCGGCGGCUGAUUGCAGCCCGCGGGGCCCGCCGCAGCCAUGGGCAACCGCGGCAUGGAGGAUCUCAUCCCGCUGGUCAACCGGCUGCAGGACGCCUUCUCCGCUAUCGGCCAGAACGCGGACCUCGACCUCCCGCAGAUCGCCGUGGUCGGCGGCCAGAGCGCCGGCAAGAGCUCGGUGCUCGAGAAUUUCGUAGGCAGGGACUUCUUGCCCCGAGGGUCAGGCAUUGUCACCCGACGCCCCCUGGUCCUGCAGCUGGUCAAUGCCACCACAGAAUAUGCCGAAUUCCUGCACUGCAAGGGGAAGAAAUUCACCGACUUCGAGGAGGUGCGCCUGGAGAUCGAGGCUGAGACAGACCGGGUCACGGGCACUAACAAGGGCAUCUCGCCGGUGCCCAUCAACCUCCGCGUCUACUCGCCGCAUGUGCUGAACCUGACACUGGUGGACCUGCCCGGAAUGACCAAGGUCCCGGUGGGGGACCAACCUCCUGACAUCGAGUUCCAGAUCCGGGACAUGCUUAUGCAGUUCGUCACCAAAGAGAACUGCCUCAUCCUGGCUGUGUCCCCGGCCAACUCCGACCUGGCCAACUCCGAUGCUCUCAAGGUUGCCAAGGAGGUGGACCCCCAGGGCCAGCGUACCAUCGGGGUCAUCACCAAGCUGGAUCUGAUGGACGAGGGCACAGAUGCCCGUGACGUGCUGGAGAACAAGCUUCUCCCCCUGCGCAGAGGCUACAUAGGGGUGGUGAACCGGAGCCAGAAGGACAUCGAUGGCAAGAAGGACAUCACGGCCGCCUUGGCUGCUGAACGCAAGUUUUUCCUCUCCCACCCGUCCUACCGCCACUUGGCCGACCGCAUGGGCACACCCUACCUGCAGAAGGUCCUCAACCAGCAACUGACCAACCACAUCCGGGACACACUGCCGGGCCUUCGGAACAAGCUUCAGAGCCAGCUUCUGUCCAUAGAGAAGGAGGUGGAGGAGUACAAGAACUUCCGGCCUGAUGACCCAGCCCGCAAGACCAAGGCCCUGCUGCAGAUGGUCCAGCAGUUUGCCGUGGACUUUGAGAAGCGCAUUGAGGGCUCAGGGGACCAGAUCGACACCUAUGAACUGUCAGGGGGAGCCCGCAUCAACCGGAUCUUCCAUGAGCGCUUCCCCUUUGAGCUAGUCAAGAUGGAAUUUGAUGAGAAGGAGCUCCGAAGGGAGAUCAGUUACGCCAUCAAGAAUAUCCAUGGCAUUAGGACGGGCCUCUUCACACCUGACCUCGCUUUUGAAGCCACAGUGAAAAAGCAGGUGCAGAAGCUCAAAGAGCCCAGUAUCAAGUGUGUGGAUAUGGUAGUCAGUGAGCUCACCACCACCAUCAGAAAGUGUAGCGAAAAGCUCCAGCAGUACCCCCGGCUGCGGGAGGAGAUGGAGCGCAUCGUGACCACCCACAUCCGGGAGCGCGAGGGUCGCACCAAGGAGCAGGUCAUGCUUCUCAUCGAUAUUGAGCUGGCUUACAUGAAUACCAAUCAUGAGGACUUCAUAGGCUUUGCCAAUGCUCAGCAGAGGAGCAACCAGAUGAACAAGAAGAAGGCUUCAGGGAACCAGGAUGAGAUUCUGGUCAUCCGGAAGGGCUGGCUGACCAUCAACAAUAUUGGCAUCAUGAAGGGGGGCUCCAAAGAGUACUGGUUUGUGCUGACCGCUGAGAAUCUGUCCUGGUACAAGGAUGAUGAGGAGAAAGAGAAGAAAUACAUGCUGUCUGUGGACAACCUGAAGCUACGGGACGUGGAGAAAGGUUUCAUGUCAAGCAAGCACAUCUUUGCCCUCUUUAACACUGAGCAGAGGAAUGUCUACAAGGAUUAUCGGCAGCUGGAACUGGCCUGUGAGACACAGGAGGAGGUGGAUAGCUGGAAGGCCUCCUUCCUGAGGGCUGGCGUGUAUCCUGAGCGUGUUGGGGACAAGGAGAAAGCCAGUGAGACUGAGGAGAACGGCUCAGACAGCUUCAUGCACUCCAUGGACCCACAGCUAGAGCGGCAGGUGGAGACCAUCCGGAACCUGGUGGACUCAUACAUGGCCAUCGUGAACAAGACUGUGCGGGACCUCAUGCCGAAGACCAUCAUGCACCUCAUGAUCAACAACACGAAGGAAUUCAUCUUCUCGGAGCUGCUGGCCAACCUCUACUCGUGCGGGGACCAGAACACGCUGAUGGAGGAGUCAGCGGAGCAGGCGCAGCGGCGCGACGAGAUGCUGCGUAUGUACCACGCACUGAAGGAGGCGCUCAGCAUCAUCGGCGAUAUCAACACGACCACUGUCAGCACGCCCAUGCCCCCGCCCGUGGACGACUCCUGGCUGCAGGUGCAGAGCGUACCGGCCGGACGCAGGUCACCCACGUCCAGCCCCACGCCGCAGCGCCGAGCCCCCGCCGUGCCCCCAGCCCGGCCCGGGUCGCGGGGCCCUGCUCCUGGGCCUCCGCCUGCUGGGUCCGCCCUGGGGGGGGCGCCCCCCGUGCCCUCCAGGCCGGGGGCUUCCCCUGACCCCUUCGGCCCUCCCCCACAGGUGCCCUCGCGCCCCAACCGCGCCCCGCCCGGGGUCCCCAGAAUCACUAUCAGUGAUCCCUGAGGAGCGUCAGCCACGCAGGAAGGGCCCAGCCUCACCUACGCGACCUGUGGUCCCCCGACCAGCUGAGGCUCCCCUCUUAGACUUAUAAGCCUGUGGCCGCUGGUAUCCGGCUUGCCUGACCUCCCCGCCUCCCCAGGGUCCCUUCUGAGGACUCCAGGCUUUCUGCCCCCCCAGAGGGGCCUCCAGUGCCCCCUCCAGCCAUCCUUUUAGCUUUGCCCUCCUGGUUCAGUGUUCUUUCUCCUCCUGUCUCUCUCCGUGAGGACUGGUGACUGUGGCCUGGGGCUCACGGCCCCACACUCCGAGGCUAGGGGUGGCCCCAGGCCAGUACGUUGGAAGACAGGGAGGGCCGAGCAUGUGCCUGGAGCUGUGGGUGCACUGCCUGGUGGUGUAUGAGAGACCGGCGUGCGUGGCAGGGGGAGGGCCGCCCCGGCCUCUCCCCCCCCCCCCGAGACCCCUGGGAAGCUGCGGCCCCCACCCACCUCCAGUUCCUCCCGCCUUUCCUCUCUCUCUCCUCCAUUCCAGAACCCUCGCCCACACCCUCAGCCUCGUCUUCUGCCCCUGCCAGCCCCCUCCUGCCCUGCUGGGCUUGGCUGCCCUUGCCUUACCGUUUCUCUCCCUCCUCUCCGUUCUCUCUCUGCUUUAUCUCCAACUGCCAGCCGAUCGGGUCAGGCAAGUCCAUCCCGUCCUGAGAGCCCCAGGCCCCCCUUCGACCUCUAACCAGAUCCCUCUAUUCCUCGGAGACCUCCCUUUCCAAGCCUGCCUGGACGGCUGUUCUGUGACUUAACAGUGGCUCCCCAGCCUCAAAGCCCCGCCCUUCAUCUGUGACUUAGUCUGUUGUAGUGGUGAGCUGACACAUCCAGGCGUGAUGUUGGUGAACACUUGUGCCCCUCCGUGGUACUGCUCCUACCCCGUUCUAUAAAUAACUAUAAAUACUCAUAUAUACACACACACGCACGCACACGCACACACAAUCUGGCCGCCACAGCCUCGCCUCUAGUGUUGGGAAUCCGUCACCAGGCUGUCCUUGAGGAGUCUUGUGGCCCAACUACCAGGGAACACUGUCACCCUGACAUCCCCCUCUCCGAAGUGUGCCACCUCUGAUGAGCCUCCCUGUCCUGCCCGGCCUGUGGACAGCCACUUUUUCCGUCCCUCCCCCGCUCAAGCCCGGGGGCGCUGUCCUGGCAGCCGGGUGGCUCUUUCCCACCGGUCUUGCUGUCUCUCGGCUAAGAAUAAAACCCAUUCCUGGACGAUGGGAAACUGCCCUCUG